GCCAUGGCGACGUGCAUCUUCAAUGGAUGUAAUAAUGCAACGUCGACAACGAAAUGCGACUUUCACAAGCACCGGCGGCAGUGCCAAGUGCCCCACUGCUUCAAUCAGGUCUACGCGCGCCACCUCUGCGUGCGCCACGGCGGCAAGCGCACCUGUGCCGCCGACGGCUGCCACCGCAACGCCCGCAUCGCGCAGCACUGCGCGCAGCACGCGCAAGCGCCCGUCCGCACCGAAAUGUGCACGCACGUUGGCUGCGACCGCGUCGCGCAUUUGCGCCACAAGUGUGUGCGCCAUGGCGGCGGUCGACAGUGCCGCAUCACAGGCUGCGCAACGCACGCGCGGCGCGGCGGCUACUGCUGGCGCCACCGCACCAUGGCCUCAUCGACCGACGCGCCGCACGAGGGCAACAACGACGACGAAUCGCGAUCCGCAUGGGAUGCGCUGCCGCUAGAGCAAAAUGCGAUGCCGAGUCCGCGAAUAUCCAGCGCCGACCUCCGUGGCUUCCUCGACACGAUCGACCUCGCCGACCUCGCCGACCUCGUGUCUUAA